UUUCACAGUAGACUACGGUGGCCAGCAAGCCCAACACAUAGCUGUUCUACACACACACACACGUGUUUUUUUUACUAUGUUGUCAUUCAUUACUGAAAGUCACUAGAAAACUAGCAGUAUCAUUUUUAUCUCUCUAAUUUAUCAAUUCAGGCCAUAAUGAGCAUGGACAAUACGGACACUUCGGAAGACGAACAGUUCUUACUCGAUCAAGUGCUAAAUAACCUGUAUGAUUUUGGGGAUGGCAUGAAGUCAGGAAAAAAGCAGAAGAAGAAACAGCGAAAAAGACCUCUAGAAGCGGAGGAGGAAGAAGCAGUUGUUUCUAAGGAGGUCUGUGGUGAUGCCACAGAUACGAAAACACAGAAUAUAGCAGUUAAACACAGCCAGGAAAAAACGAAACACACAGCUACAGUUCACCCAGGUCCACCCAGGAAACAGAUGCCAAAGGUUGAAGUGGUGACUUUCGAAGACCCCCUCAAGAAACCAAGGGUCCAACAGAAACCUACCCCUGACAUAAAAAUUGUCCCCAAUGUCAAGGAGAAAGAGGAAAGUAACAAAGAUGACCCAGAAGAACUGACGUUUGAAAAGGCUCGACUGGAGGUCCAUCGCUUUGGCAUCAGGGGCUACAAGAAGGAGCAGCAGCGGUCGUUUGAGCAGGAGAGGGCCAUCAUGCUGGGGGCCAGGCCCCCUAAAAAGCAGUAUGUGAACUACAAGGCGCUACAGCAGGAACUCCAAGACAAGAAGAAGGCGGCCCAGGAGGAAGUUCAACCCGACCAGGGAAAGAAGAAGAAGAAGAAGAAUAGCAAACCAGGGGACAGGGACAAGAAGAAGAAGAAGAAGACGGAGACGCCCUCUGUGUUCGGCUCCAGCGCCGGCUCCGCCUCCAUGGGCCGCUUCAAAGGCGGGAUGCUGAGGAUCAGCUCCAAGGAGAUCGAGAAGAUCAACGGCCCCAAAUGAGAGGAUAAGAGCGGGACUAGCAAUCCAUGGUGGUGGUUGUUGUGGUCGUCGACGACCUUGUGUUAAGACAGUGGCAGAAAAACAGCACCAGAGCUCGAACUGCCCAAACGAAGGCCUGAAGAGCACCUGAAGGAAAUGUUGUAUGCAGACAAAGGAUGCUGGAAUGAUUUAGAGCUCCAACACAGAUAGUGGAGUUGCACCACCAACAUUGUUCUGUCAGUCAUAUUUAUUUUGUUUUUAUAAAACAACCCCAAAAAAAAAUGUGUUUUCAUUUACACC